AUGGAUUUUGAUUCGUGUGAGGUUGUGGAGAAAGAUCCAACAGGAAGGUAUAGUCGGUAUGAUGAAAUCUUGGGGAAGGGAGGAUUGAAGACUAUAUAUAAGGGUUUUGAUGAAGUUAAUGGAGUCGAAGUUGCGUGGAAUCGAGUGAAAAUCGAAGAUGUAGUUCAGUCACCUCAACAGAUUGAAAGAAUGUACUCGGAGGUUCACUUGCACAAGUCGCUGAAACAUGGAAACAUUAUUAAGUUCUACAACUAUUGGGUGGAUGAAAAGAAGAUGACCAUGAACAUGGUAACCGAGACGUCGGCUUCAGGAACUUUGAGGCAGUACUUUAAGAAGCAUAGAUCUGUUAACGUGAAAGUAAUCAAAAAGUGGGCAAGGCAGAUCCUUCAAGGUUUACACUACUUGCAUUCUCAGGAACCUCCUGUUGUCCAUCGAAAUUUGAAGUGCGACAAUGUAUUUAUUAAUGGAAACAAUGGAGGAGUGAAGAUCGGAGACUUCGGACUAGCGAUCGUUUUGCAACAGCCUUCUGCGGCUGGAGAAGUUUUAGGUUCUCCUGAAUUCAUGGCUCCUGAGCUUUACGAGGAGGAGUACAACGAACUUGUUGACAUUUAUUCGUUUGGUAUGUGCAUGUUAGAGAUGGUUACUUGCGAUUACCCGUAUAGUGAAUGCAAAAAUCCAGGAGAGAUAUACGAGAAGGUUAUUUCGGGUGUAAGGCCUGUUGCCCUCGACAACGUAGAUGAUCCCCAAGUCAAGGAGUUCAUCGAGAAGUGUCUAGUUCCGGCCUCUUUGAGAUUGCCUGCAUCAGAGCUUUUGAAAGAUCCUUUCUUAUCAGCUGAAAGUCCUAAGGAACUUGUAUCCAGUUCUCUGCAGUCACCAAACCUUAUACCUAAACAAGUCAGCUUGCCUCAAUCAGAAUCCCAUUCCAUGGACAGCGACAAGAAGAAGAUUUCAGUAGGCCGUUGUACAAGAAGUAUGGAUGGAGCUCCAAUUUUUUCAACUCAAGAAUUUCAAAGGUUCACGGAGAACAAAGAAUUCACAUUAAGAGGGAAGAAAAAGGGUGAUAACACAAUUUCAUUGACUCUGCGCAUUGCUGAAUAUCCAUGUGGUCAAGCAAGGAAUAUCGAUUUCGAUUUUUAUCUCGAUUCAGAUACUGCAGUUUCGGUAUCUGAGGAGAUGGUUGAACAACUUGAUUUGUCAAUUAAAGAUGCAGCUUUAAUUGUUGAGUUGAUUGACAGCAUGAUACUGAAGUUCAUUCCUAGCUGGAAUUCUGAGGUCUCAUCUAUCAGAAAAGCUAAUGAGCCAAAGCUGGAGCUUGACGCAAUUGAUUCUCAUUACCUUCAAUGUUUUCAAGAAGUCCUGAGGAGGAGGGAAGAAGCAAUAGAAGACGCCACAAAGAGGUGGCUAGCAAAGAAGAUAUCUGCCAUGUGA